GCACCCUCACCAGUCACCACACCCUCCUCUCUCUUCGUCUGUCCAUCCUCUUUAUUGCAUAGGAAAAAAAUGGUGGGUGUGGCGGGAAGUCUUACUAACACAGUACUUCUACAUCGCUUAAAACACCUCUUUCCCACCAAACUAACAACGUUUCCCACAAUUCGACAACUUCGUCAACAUAAGAAACUGCAAUUUCAUUUCAUUUCCGCUAAUUUUACUACUACCCACUUCAAUUCUCACAAAACCCAGUUAUCAAAAGUGGAAAAUGGGGAUAAUUUGGUUGUUUUGGGCAUUGAAACUAGCUGUGAUGACACCGCUGUUGCUGUUGUGAGAGGCAAUGGUGAAAUUCUUAGUCAAGUUGUGUCAUCUCAGGCAGAUCUGCUUGCCCAGUAUGGAGGUGUUGCCCCUAAAAUGGCAGAAGAGGCUCAUUCUAAAGCCAUCAAUCAGGUAACACAAUUAGCACUUGACAAAGCAAAUUUAACGGCUAAAGAUCUUUCUGCUGUUGCAGUAACCAUUGGUCCUGGAUUAAGUCUUUGUCUACGUGUUGGUGUCCGUAAAGCUCGAGAAAUUGCUGGAAGCUUUCAGUUGCCUAUAAUUGGGGUGCAUCACAUGGAGGCUCAUACUAUAGUAGCGAGGUUGACUCAUAGAAACCUGCAGUUUCCCUUCAUGGCACUGCUUAUUUCAGGAUUCAAUAACCUGAUAAUUCUUGCACGUGAUCUGGGCCAUUACAUACAACUUGGAACAACCAUAGAUGAUGCCAUUGGUGAAGCAUAUGACAAAACAGCAAAGUGGCUUGGUUUAGAUAUGAGGAGGAGUGGUGGUCCUGCUAUAGAGGAGCUUGCUCGAGAGGGUGAUCCUGUGUCUAUAAGAUUCAAAACUCCAAUGCAACACCACAAGGAUUGCAACUUUUCCUUUGCUGGUCUGAAGACUCAAGUGAAGUUGGCAAUUGCAUCAAAAGACAUCGAUGCAGAAAUUCCACUUUCUUCUGCAAGUAGCGAAGACAGAAGGUCUAGAGCUGAUAUUGCUGCUUCAUUCCAGCGAGUUGCAGUGUUACAUUUAGAGGAAAGAUGUGAACGAGCUAUCGAAUGGGCAUUAAACAUGGAGCCAUCACUCAAAUAUUUUGUUGUCUCAGGUGGCGUUGCGUCAAAUCAAUACGUGAGAUCCAGACUUGAUCAAGUUGCGAAGAGCAGAGGCGUGGAGCUUGUUUGUCCUCCACCCAGCCUUUGUACCGACAAUGGUGUUAUGGUUGCUUGGACUGGCAUUGAAAAUUUUCGUGUGGGAAGAUUUGAUCCACCACCACCUGUCGAUGAGCCAGAAGAUACAGUGUAUGAUCUCCGACCUAGAUGGCCACUGGGGGAGGAAUAUGCCGAGGGCAAAAGUGAAGCACGCUCAAUGAGGAAAGCGAGGAUGCAUCCAUCCCUCACAUCUAUCAUCCAAGGCUCAGCUCAACAUGUCUUGUAGCAUCCACUUUCCACUGGGAUCAUAUGAUUGCAACGAUGUUGAGCUAUGGUUAUCUAAAGGGGUCUUCUGGACGAUUCAACCUUUAGGGUUUGGAACCGCAUCUGGCACCUGUUGACCAGCUAAUUUUGAUUAUCACAGUGUAACUUCAGGAAAUGUUUUUUUUUGUUUUUUUUAUAUAAAUCUUUAUUACAUUAUAUUAUUGUACUUGGGGUAUAUAUUGACAUUUUUGCUUGUAAUUGAUAUAUUGUUUUCAAGGGAAAUCAAAGUUUUGAAAAUUUCA